AUGAUAUUGAUAGACGAUGCCAAAUACUCGUGUAUGGAGUGUAUACGAGGGCACAGAUCAAGUCUGUGUAGGCAUCAUACAAGACCGUUGCUUCAAGUUAGAUCUAAGGGCAGACCCAAUGUUCAUGCUAAUGGUAACCCAAAUCAUAGAAUAGCAGUUUUCGCAGAAGAAAUUGAUAAAAAUAAUAGCAAUAGUACAGGAAAUAACAAAGGAAAUUGUGAAAAUAAGAAGACUCCAGUAGUAAUAUUAAAAGCAUCUCCAAAACAAGUCAUUGACUUAAAUAAUGGUCGAAUUAUAGGCCCAUACCAGGAAGAUAUCACAAUAGAUGAAAGUAGUAAGCCACCAUUACCGAUAAUUAAUAGCAAUAGUUUCAUUAACACAACGUCAUGCUGCUUGAAUGGGAUAAGUAAGCCAAAAAAAUCAUGCGGAUGUUGUUCAAAUAAGACGAAUAAAAAUAUCAAUAAACUGAAAAUAUUGAAGACAUACCUCAAAAAGCACAUGAAGCCCGAAAAUGAAUGUAAAUUUGUUGAAUACUCCAAUCUGAUACAAAUAAAGAAAGAGAAUGACGACGAAGACCAAAAUAGAGGUAGUAAACAUUCGAUAGUAAUAGAUAAUGAUAAUGAUAAAGAUAACGGCAAAAUCAAGCCCGCUAACGAUAGCUUAUUGUAUGACGUGGUUAAAAUACCUUCUUGUUCAAUACCAGGGUCUUGUGGAUGUGAUAGUAAUUGUGCUUGUGAAGGAUGUUUUGUACAUGGUAAUGUCAAUGUGAAUGAAUUAAACAACAACCAAUUCAGUAACUUAAUUAAUUAUGCAAACAACAACGAAAUAAGGAUGCCUCAGGAUAUAAUGAGUAAUUAUGCUAAUAAGUUGAGCGACAUGACUCGUGGGCAAAUGUAUAAUGGCAUAUCUAAGGGAAUUACAAAUUCAGGUGCUGAUAUGAAUAACGUCUUUGCUAAUAACAUUUUGGAAACUAAUAAUAGUACGAUAUAUGCUAACUCACACUCGCAUCUAGGUAAUUUUGAAAAUGAAGACCUGCUUACUUCCAGCACAAAUAGCACAUCGACCAACCUAACACAAUCUAACGAUAUGAGCAUGUUAAACGGCCAAAUGUAUAACUUACAAACGGAUAUAAGCCAGCAACAUCCAAAUCAAAAUCAUUCGCAGAGAUUAAUGCAAGCACCAUUACAGGGAUACGGACAGGAACAAGCACCAGGUGGGCCUCAAAUAGAGAAAGAUAUAGAAUCUAAGACUUGUUCUUGUUCGAACGAUUGUGAUUGUUUUAAUUGCGAGACCCAUGGAAUUAUCAAUGGAAUGAAGCUAGAUGAUAUAUUUAAUCAUAUGGUGCCGGCAGAUUAUAAAGAUCUAAUAAAUUCCAUAGGAGUUGAUAGAGACGGUGCUAACACUAGUAAUAUUCUGAUAGUGGCACCAAUGAUUAAUUCGUCAAGUGAAAAUGUGUCUAGCAAUUCUUCAGAGAACUUGGAUGCUGAUUUAACCAACCGGAAAGCUUCCAGUUGUUGUGGAAGGUAG